CACGACACGUACGCAGAUUUGGUACGUCAAAGUAGUGCAGUACCGUCAGCAUCAACGCUUCAACGCAUGACCGGCAGCAGUGUGUUGGUGUUGCCACUGAAUCGAUUCGAUGAUCAACCAGAAACGUUCAAUGAAACACUUCACCUUAAAACUUAUAUUGAUGCAAUUAAAACGAUCACCGCUUACUUGCUUGAGUUGUCAACUGUUUAA